AUGUUCAAUCGAAAGGAGGACGAAGACGUCGCCGCGGUGGAUGGCCCGUCCGACUAUGGCGACAACUACGGCGACAACUAUGAUUACAACCAGCAUAGUGGGCCAACGGAUGACAGCUCCGUGGAUCCCGACUCUGGUGUCAAGCGUGGUCUCAAGAAUCGACAUCUAUCCAUGAUGGCUCUGGCUGGUAUCAUUGGACCUGGAUUGCUCGUCGGCGCGGGUGGUGCGCUGAAUAAGGGAGGACCGGCUUCCCUUAUCAUCGGCUUUGGUGUCAUUGGUAUCAUUGCAUUCUCUAUCAUGCAGUCCCUCGGUGAGGUGACAACUCUAUAUCCCGGCGGAGGUUCCUUCAUCUCCCUCGCCGAGCGAAUGGUAGACAAGUCUUUCUCUGUCGCCGUAGGCUGGAACUACUUCAUCAUCUGGGCCGCCGUCCUCGCCAACGAGUACAACGUCAUCUGCAGCAUCCUCACCUACUGGGCGCCUGUAAUUCCGCUUUGGGGCUACUUUCUCAUCUUCUGGACCGUCUUCUUGGGCUUUCAGCUGCUUGGUAUCGAGGCAUUUGGAGAGGCCGAGUUUUGGCUUGCCCUGCUGAAGCUCCUCGGACUGACAGCAUACUUCAUCUUCGCCAUCAUCUACGCAGCUGGUGGCCUGGUCGGUCAGGAUAAAGCUCUCGGGUUCAAGUACUGGCACGAUCCCGGAGCUUUCAACGGCAAUGGCUUCCGCGGUGUUGCGACCGUCUUUGUCUUCUGCGCGACAUUUUACUCUGGCGUCGAGUCCAUCGCCAUUGCUGCCACUGAGACGAGAAACCCCGGUGUUGCUGUCCCCCAGGCUAUUCGACAAGUCUUUUGGCGUAUCAUCUUCGUCUACAUGGGAUCUGCAUUCUUCUUUGGUCUCACCUGCCGGGCUGAUGCGGAUGGUCUCAUCAACGGUGGCUCCAAGGCUCUGCAAAGUCCGAUGACCAUCGCUAUUCAGACUGCUGGCUGGCAAGGAGGUGUCCAUCUGAUCAACGCUUUCAUUCUCGUCACUUGCUUGUCCGCCAUCAACUCAUCCAUCUAUAUUGGUUCACGCACAGUCUUCUACAUGGCGCAGUCCGGCAAGGCCCCCAAGGUCUUUGGCUGGACCAACGGCAGGGGUGUUCCCGUCUGGGCCAUCCUCAUUACCAACGCCGUCGGCUCCAUCUCGAUGAUGAACGUUUCCACCGGCGCUGCCAGAGCCUACAGCUACAUCGUGAACCUCUCCGGCGUCAGCGCGUUCCUCGUCUGGGGCAGCAUCUGCAUCAUCCACAUUCGAUUCCGACGCGCCUGGAAGGUCCAGGGCCGAAGCAUCAGCGAGUUGCCUUACAAGGCGAUGGGAUUCCCGUAUCUUGCUUGGCUCGGUCUCGGAGCUUGUGUCUUUUUGGCCCUUGUCCAGGGCUGGACUACGCUAUCGCCUUUCGACGCAGGCAACUUUGUAGAUGCCUACAUUUUGAUUCCUCUGUUUGGAAUCAUAUAUGGAGUCUGCAAGUUGCUCUGGCGUAGCUCUGAUCCGAUCAAGCGUAGCUGGAGCAUUGAUCUUGACAGCGGGAGGAGAAUGGAUCUGGACCAUAAGAGCGGUCCAGCUGUCGGAGGUGUACCAGGACAAGUUCCCAUUUGGAAGAAGAUUUGGGACUGGUUCUAA